AUGUUUACAGAGAGAACGAAUCGGGCAGGAUUCGUUCCUUGGUCGUCAGAAGGCAAACAUGGAACACAACAAGAGGCGGGAAGCAGCGGGAAGCAGAAGCCGGCGCGCAAGAACAUGCUGGCAGAGACCGAGCACAAACGAUCUGGCAAGAAAGGGGUUCCGGCGAGGAGAGUAGAUGCCUCUGUUUCUGCAUCAUCCUCCAGCAACAAACAACAUGAAGAGACACGUACAAACACAAAGAGCUUCCCACACUUGAAUACCAAACGUCUACCAGAGAGCAAGGCUAGCACACCACAAACAACUAGCACACCACACGACAGGGCCGAGCACACAAGUAACUCGUUGGUGAAAGACAUGCACACAAGCUCCGAUACCAUGAAGGGGAAGAGGAACAGUGGCGUUUCGGCGUUCAACAGCUGGCUCGAUCUCUACCACAAACCAUCGCGGACCCUGGCUACUACGCUUGCAAGGCAUCAUGAGGGAUCUCGUGGACGUACGCACAACCUGCAUGGAGGAGAGUUCAAGGCGAAAGACCAAAAGUUCUACAAGCAGUACUCCGAUUUCUUGAACAAGGACCACCCGGUCGGGCACACGCUGAGGGGGACGGGGAUCCAUCCUGACAGCUACCAUCCUCAUCCUACGUCCGCAUCCAAGGGAAGCGACUUCUCCAAGUGGCUCGAGACCGACGAUCGCAACGUCAAGACGAAAGAGCGCGAGAACGAGCGCGAGAACGAGCGCGAGAGGAGGAUGCUCGCAGAGCAGAAGCUAAAGAUCCUGAGAGGGUUCACAUCGACCGGCGCACUGGCGCUCAUCUUACUCUCCACCAGCGCAAUCGGGAAGGAGUACGAUGCGAUCCAGAACGCACAGAAGGCAAGAGCUCGAGCACAGCUGGGGUUGAAGCACAUGCAGGCGGCGGUCAACCAGGUUGAGAUGCUGGGCUGGAACUGCAGGCGGCUGAGAUCUGACGCAGGCGCUGAGGAGGAGGAGCGAGUCAUUCAUCCCGGGCGUCUGGUCCCUUGA